AUGGAUCUCGAGGAGCAACAAGCGAAAUACGCCAUCCACGCCGCCUGCCGAGAAGGACAGACACAGAAAGUCGACUCCCUCCUCCACGCCGAGCCCCGCCUCGUGUCCCGCCGCGACGAUGACGACCGCCUGCCCCUCCACUGGGCCAGCUCCUACAACCGCCUCCCUAUAGUCGAACUCCUCUCCGAACACCGCGGCUUCGACGUAGAUGCACAAGACGGCGCCGGCUGGACGGCGCUAAUGAUCGCCUCGAGUUUAAAAGACGGAGACGAGCUCGUCGACCUGCUGCUCAACAAAUCCGCCGACGUAGACGUCAAGACCAACGGGGGCCAAACGGCGCUGCAUUUCGCCGCUUCGAAAUCGAAUCUCGACAUUGCGCGCAAAUUGCUGGCGCACAAGGCUUCGGCGCGCGUUAAGGAUAAGCGCGGGCAGUUGCCGCUGCAUCGCGCUGCCGCCGUGGGCAAUGUACCGAUUGUGAAGUUGUUGUUGGAGAGUCGGAGUCCGGUCAACGCGACGGAUAUGGAUGGGUGCACGGCGUUGCAUCAUGCUAUUGCGGAGGGGCAGGGGGAGGCUGCGUUGACGCUUUUGAGGGCGGGGGCGGAGGCGGAUAAGAGGGAUAAUGGGGGGGCGUAUGCGAUUGAUCUUGCGCCGGAUGCGAAGGUGAAGAGUUAUAUUAUGAGGGGAGCGGAGGAGGAGGGGAUUGUGUUGGGGUCGCGGUAG